CCCCUCCAGGCCCCGCCUCCUCCUGGCCCCGCCCUCCAGGCCCUAUAAGAAGCUGGUUGUCCCCAACAGCCGCAGCCUGAUUUCAGCGCUCCGACUCCGGGCCGAUCUCUUCUGGCCACUCGCACCACAAUGGAUCUCGCCGCCAUCUACGAGAGCCUCUUGUCGCUGAGCCCUGACCUGUCAUCCGACCACGGAGGUUCUGAGUCUAACCCAGGCUGGGCCUCUUCGGGACCCUGGAGCCUGGGUUCAUCUGACUGUGGCCCAUCUGGGGGCACCUCUCGCCUGCCUGGCCGCUCUACCAGCCUGGUGGAGGGCCGCAGCUGUGGCUGGGUGCCCCCACCUCCUGGCUUUGCACCCCUGGCUCCUCGCCCAGGCCCUGAACUGUCGCCCUCACCCACCUCGCCAACUGCGACCCCUGCCACCUCCUCCCGCUACAAGACUGAGCUAUGCCGGACCUUCUCCGAGAGUGGGCGCUGCCGCUAUGGGGCUAAGUGCCAGUUUGCCCAUGGCCUGGGGGAGCUGCGCCAGGCCAAUCGCCACCCCAAGUACAAGACGGAACUCUGCCACAAGUUCUACCUCCAGGGCCGCUGUCCCUAUGGCUCACGCUGCCACUUCAUCCACAACCCUAGUGAGGACCAGGCCAACCCUGGCCACCCGCAUGUGCUGCGCCAGAGCAUUAGCUUCUCUGGCCUGCCCUCAGGCCGCCGCACCUCACCACCACCACCAGGCCUGGCAGGCCCUUCUCUGUCCUCAUGCUCCUUCUCACCCUCCAGCUCCCCACCACCACCUGGGGACCUUCCACUGUCACCCUCUGCCUUCUCUGCUGCUCCUGGGACCCCCGUGGCUCGAAGGGACCCCACCCCAGCCUGUUGCCCCUCCUGCCUCAGGGCUACUACUUCUAACAGCAUCUGGGGGCCCUUGGGUGGCCUGCCUCGGAGCCCCUCUGCACAGUCUCUAGGAUCUGACCCUGAUGAAUAUGCCAGCAGCGGCAGCAGCCUGGGGGGAUCCGACUCUCCUGUGUUUGAGGCAGGGGUUUUUGGGCCACCUGCAGCCCCCCGGAGACUCCCCAUCUUCAAUCGAAUCUCGGUUUCUGAGUAACAAGUGCCUGACUAGUGCAGAUCAGCUGGAUCUCAAGGGGAGCCACUUGUGCUAUGGGCAAUACAAGGGCCCUGGGCUGUGGGGACCUGGGGACUCUUUCCCCCCCCACACUUUCCAAAAUGCAUUAACCCACACCCCUGACCCCACGCUGGGGCAGGUCCCCAGUGUGCAAGCUCAGUGUUCAUGGUGAAGGGAAUUGGAAUGUUUUCUGGGGUUCUUUUAUAAAAAUGUAGCAUAUUUGAGGGAGGCAGUGAGCGUCUCCCCACCCCUCCCCUGCCUAAAUCUGUCUCCUGGAAUCUUAAGUGCUGUGAAUAAUAGGCCUUCACUGCCCCCUCCCAAUUUUUCCUGGAGGUAGAGGUUCUAGUGUCUGGUGGUGACUGGAGCCUGCCUAGAGGGGGAAUCCUGGUGCUCAAUUUCCCUCCAAAAGCAAGUAGCCAAAGCCAUUGCCAAACCCCUUCCCCAAGCCAAUGGGCCCUUUAUUUAUGACGACUUUAUUUAUUCUAAUAAGAUUUUAUAGUAUUUAUAUAUAUUGGGUCGUCUGCUUCCCUUGUUAUUUUUCUUCUUUUUGUAAUAUUGGAAACGACGGUGUAAUUAUUGUAAGUGCCAUAAUAUAUUAAGUAAUAUAUAUAUUGUUAUCUUAAAAGUCUAUUUUUGUGUUUUUUGGAAUUUUUAAAUAAAAGAACUCUGCCUGUAAACUGAAA